UCGGCCCUUUCUCUCUGUCCUCGGUCCUUCCUCAGCCUCCCGGUUCGGAGUUUCCCGCUUUCUGUCAUUUUGAAGCCGCUGUUCGUACUUUAUAUCGUUGUCGGCCUUGUGUAUACUAUAGCGUUUUUUCAAACGAUUCACAGUACUUAGUUUAGGGAACCGGUGAAGAGAACAGGAAAACACGCGGGAAUCCGGGCCUGCUCCGGGUGAGAGUAGAGGGAACCCGGCUUGGCUUCAGGAUGGCGGUCAGUCUGGAUAAAGAGACAUAUUACCGGCGGAUAAAGCGACUCUACAGCAACUGGAAGAAAGGUGAAGAUGAAUUCUCAAAUGUUGAUGCCAUUGUUGUAUCAGUUGGCGUGGAUGAGGAGAUUGUAUAUGCCAAGUCUACAGCCCUGCAGACAUGGCUAUUUGGCUAUGAGCUGACAGACACUAUCAUGGUGUUUUGUGAGGAAAAGAUCUUUUUCAUGGCUAGCAAGAAGAAAAUAGAGUUCCUCAAGCAGAUUGCAAAUACUAAAGGAAAUGAAAAUGCCAAUGGUACUCCAGCCAUCACUUUGCUUGUCAGAGAGAAGCAAAAUGAUCUUAACAAAGCAAGCUUUGACAAAAUGAUUGAGGCUAUCCGAGGAAGUAAGAAAGGAAAAACUAUUGGGACUUUCAUCAAGGACAAAUUUCCAGGAGAGUUCAUGAACAGCUGGAGUGAUUGUCUUAGUAAAGGGGGAUUCGAAAAGGUGGAUCUAAGUGCUUCUGUAGGGUUACACUAUUGCGUGAAAGAAGAUGGAGAGUUGACCCUGAUGAAGAAAGCCGCAACUAUCACUUCAGAUGUAUUUAACAAAUUUUUUAAGGAACGUGUCAAUGGAGAUUGUGGAUGACAGAUGAGGUUAGCAUUAAACAAAGUGAAAGUGCGUCACAGCAAACUGGCCGAGUCUGUAGAGAAAGCUAUAGAAGAUAAGAAAUACUUGGGAGGUACAGAUCCCUCCACCAUUGAAAUGUGCUAUCCCCCUAUUAUUCAGAGUGGGGGAGCUUAUAACCUAAAAUUUAGCGUGGUCAGUGAUAAGAAAAUAAUGCACUUUGGAGCAGUUACGUGUGCCAUGGGGAUUCGGUUUAAGUCGUACUGCUCCAAUUUGGUACGCACGCUAAUUGUGGAUCCAACCCAGGAAAUGCAGGACAACUACAACUUCCUAUUGCAGUUGCAGGAGGAGCUGUGCAAAGAGCUUAAGCAUGGUGCCAAAAUUUGUGAUGCCUACCAGUCCGUUAUGGAUCAAGUGAAAAAGCAGAAACCUGAACUCAUGAGCAAGAUAACAAAGAAUUUGGGGUUUGCAAUGGGGAUUGAGUUCAGGGAAGGCUCUCUAGUUAUUAACAGUAAAAACCAGUUCAAACUUAAGAAAGGUAUGGUGUUCAGUGUACACCUGGGACUUUCAGACCUUCAAAAUAAGGAGGGCAAAACUCCUGAAGAGAAGACCUAUGCUCUCUUUGUGGGAGAUACUGUGCUGGUGAAUGAGGAUGGACCUGCAACGGUUAUUACCAAUGUUAAGAAGAAGGUGAAAAACGUGGGCAUUUUUCUGAAGAAUGAGGAUGAGGAAGAGGAGGAGGAGGAGAAAGAUGAAGCAGAAGAUCUGUUGGACAGAGGGUCCAAAACUACCACACUAUUAACCGAAAGAACCAGGAAUGAGAUGACUGCUGAAGAGAAGCGUCGAACUCAUCAGAAGGAGCUUGCUGCCCAACUAAAUGAGGAAGCUAAGAGGAGAUUAACAGAGGCAAAGGGAGAGCAACAGACAAUGAAGGCAAGGAAAUCCAAUGUGUCAUACAAGAACUCUUCUCAGAUGCCAAAGGAGCCAGAUAUCCGAGAAAUGAAGCUUUAUAUUGAUAAGAAAUAUGAGACUGUCAUUAUGCCUGUGUUUGGUAUUGCUACUCCCUUCCACAUUGCCACCAUCAAGAAUAUCAGUAUGUCUGUAGAAGGUGACUAUACCUACCUCAGAAUCAAUUUCUACUGCCCAGGUAGUGCACUUGGGCGAAAUGAGGGCAACAUCUUUCCCAAUCCUGAUGCCACCUUUGUUAAAGAGAUAACAUACAGAGCCUCAAACCUUAAAACCCCUGGGGAUCCCACUGUGCCAUCUCUAAACCUACAGAAUGCUUUCCGCAUCAUCAAGGAGGUGCAGAAGAGAUACAAAACCAGGGAGGCAGAAGAAAAAGAGAAGGAGGGCAUUGUCAAACAAGAUUCCCUUGUAAUUAACAUGAACCGCAGCAACCCAAAGCUAAAAGACCUGUAUAUCCGACCGAAUAUUGCACAGAAGAGAAUGCAGGGUUCCUUGGAGGCUCAUGUUAAUGGCUUCAGAUUUACAUCUGUCCGAGGUGACAAAGUGGAUAUUUUAUACAAUAAUAUCAAGCAUGCCCUCUUCCAGCCCUGUGAUGGAGAAAUGAUUAUUGUGCUUCAUUUUCACCUAAAGAAUGCCAUAAUGUUUGGUAAGAAGAGGCACACUGAUGUUCAGUUUUACACUGAGGUUGGAGAAAUAACCACAGACUUGGGAAAGCACCAGCACAUGCAUGACCGAGAUGACUUAUAUGCUGAGCAGCUUGAAAGAGAGAUGAGACACAAACUGAAAACUGCCUUCAAGAACUUUAUUGAGAAAGUGGAAUCUUUAACAAAAGAGGAUCUGGAGUUUGAAGUUCCCUUCAGAGACCUAGGGUUCAAUGGAGCCCCAUACAGAAGCACCUGCCUCCUACAGCCCACAAGUAGUUCUCUAGUGAACACCACAGAAUGGCCUCCAUUUGUAGUAACUCUGGAUGAGGUGGAACUUGUGCACUUUGAGAGAGUGCAAUUCCAUCUGAAGAAUUUUGACAUGGUCAUAGUCUAUAAGGACUAUAGUAAGAAGGUCACCAUGAUCAAUGCAAUUCCUGUGGCUUCUCUUGACCCUAUAAAGGAGUGGCUCAACUCCUGUGACAUCAAGUACACUGAAGGGGUGCAGUCUUUGAACUGGACAAAAAUUAUGAAGACCAUUAUUGAUGACCCUGAGGGAUUCUUUGAGCAAGGUGGCUGGGAUUUCCUAGAGCCAGAAGGAGAGGGCAGUGGUGGUGAGCAGGAUGGCUCAGAAUCUGAAGUGGAAGAUGAGACAUUUAAUCCAUCAGAGGAAGAAUAUGAGGAAGAGGAGGAAGACAGUGAUGAAGAUUACUCUGAUGAGACUGAGGAGUCUGUUUACAGUGGAGACUCGCUAGGCAGCGAUGAGGAGAGUGGAAAGGACUGGGAUGAAUUAGAGGAGCUUGCAAGAAAAGCUGAUCGAGAAAGUCGUUAUGAGGAAGAGGAGGAGCCACAGAGUCGGGGCAAGAAAAGGAAAAGCCAUGGACAUAAUGCCACCCCCUCCAAAAAGAGGAGAAAGUGACACCCAUAAUUCUUUCUUCUCCCAUUCCUAUCCUGUCUCGCCCUCCCUUCUAUUUCUCAUUCCUUGUUGUCUUUUCCUUGAUUCAGGAAUUCUAAUCUUCCUUCUCUUGCCUAGCAAGUCUCUGUUGCAGUAAAUCACUUAUUGCUUCUCCAGACUGCUGGGCAGUGUAAGGGUUAAAUGGACCAAUCCACCCUUAUUUUAUUAUAUAUAUUUUUUCUCGCCCCCCCCUUUGCACUCCUUUGUUUCUUUACUGGACUGAAUAUAAAGCUGGAACCGCAAUGAACUUCAUGGCAGAGAUGAUAUAAGAAUAUCCACCUUUUUAUGCUUGGAGCAUUACUUUUUUCCAUACAUUCACCCUUUCAUUGCUUCAGGGACCCUGUAACACUGAAAGGCUUAAGAGCGUCAAUCUCCCCCUGCACUUAAUGGAUUGCUUGCCUAUUGUGCAUUUUGAUCAAUUCGUUGACUGAGGUCACAGCUUCCACCUUUGUUACCUGGACUGCAUAGGAUUUUCAGUAACCAUUACUUUUUUUUUUUUCCCUUGGUUGAAAAUAUAUUUUUAUUUUAAGUAUCAGUUGUCUAAUAUCAUUCUCCUCGCUGCUGGUCUGAACUUCAAUCUCUGGCUUUUUAGGACAUUGUCCCUAACUACCGGGUGGAGAGAUUUAAAUGUUUUAUUUGGCUCACUUUUUUCACUCUAGCAGUGAGGUGUAGACAGCGUUUUUCAGACUUUGGAGAAAUGUAAACAAAAAAUAAACUUUUGUUUUUGUAAA